AUGGGAGUGAUCAAAGUGCCACCGGAUAACGACUUUGAUGCCAGUUCAUUACAACGUUGUCGUGAUAUACUUUACAUUAACAUCUUCGAUCAACUCGAUGUCGAUUUGCCAACAACAGAUCGAGAACGGGAUCAAGUUAUACGAAAACGUAUUGCGAGAAAUUGGCUAGGAUCAGUGAAAAUUCCGUUCAGUAAUAUCUAUAUCAAUGGACGACUGGAAGGUAGUUAUCGGUUAAGUGUGCCCAAUCCACUAUUAGGUUACGUCAGGGAAAAACUGAAUCAAUCCAGAAUUGAAAACAAUGCUGCGCAACUGCCGGCUAGUGUCCUUCGUAUGUUUGUGACAAUGGAACCCAUCCUAGCGCCACCAGAAACAAUUCAACAAUCGUUCGAUAGUACAGAGUCUCUUGCUCUACUUCAUCGUGCUCGUGCAUGGGUAGAAGAACUAAAUAAAAAAUUUCCCACUCGAGAUUACAAAGCAACAGUGGCGGAUAUCAAUGGUCGAGCUGUGUUCAUUCCACGUUUUCUUCGCCCGUUGCCAUUGCCUCCUUUGCCAGGUGCGACAGCAGACGAUGCAACAACAACAACAAGUACUGCAAGUGGAACUGAUACUCAGCAACGCUUGGCUCGUUUUGUUUCAUUGAUUCCGUUUCUUGCUGACACAAUAACUUUUCCAGGAAUUUGUGACAUUUGGGAAACAUCCGAUCAAUUCCUCCGCACAAUGGCCGGCGAUGACGAAGAACACGCUGUUCUAUUGAAUAAUUACUUCCUACGACUAAAUAGAAAAAGCUGGAUUGCAAUGGGUGUAUCAAUCUACAGUGGUCCAUGCUGUUUUGUUUUGACAAAAGAAGAUACACAACGUUUUCCGACUUGUUGGAGUGUAGCAGACGGACAUGAUGCCGCGACAAUUGAUACAUGGAAUCCAAUUCGAAGUAUUUAUUUAUUAGCCAAUGAAGAGAACAUUUGGGCUAAUAUACAAGAACAAGAUUUGCCUUCGAGAAUGAGCUUCGAUGUCACAAAUGCCAAGCAGUGGAAACCAUUUUUUGAUCGUUCAUUUCCACGCGACGUAGCACAGUGGUCAUCUGUACAGCCAAGCGACAUAAAUUACGAACAGACACGUGAUGAGGAUGUUCAAUCACUUGAGAAGCAUAUCCUCGAAGUAUUGCGUCACAAAUUUGUCGAAUGGCGUGAACCUAAUGUCACACGUUGGCAUUGGGCUUGUCAAAAACGCCUACAGGCAAUCCUUAAACGCAAAGAAAUACAGUCCUCAGUCGGACACGGUAAUACCAAUGAUAUUGAGCAAGAACUAGCUGAAUUUCAAGGAAUGCACGAAAUUACUGGAUUUCCUCUACAAAUGCCGUACAGUAAUGUUCAGACGAUCGUGGAUGCCGUUUAUUCCACUAAAAUCUUCGAACAUUCAACCAAUGAUAUCGAAUUCGCAUUAGCUGUUCAUAUUCAUCCGUAUCCGAAUAAUAUUCUUGCCGUUUGGAUUUACUUAGCACACUUAGUACGAAAGACAGCUGUUUAA